GGGUCUGGAGAGUGGGAGGAGGGAGGAAAACCAAAGAAAGGACAGAAUGAGAGACUGGAGGGGCUGAGUGGGGGAAAGGACCCAUCUGAAAAAGAGAGGGACAGAGAGGGGAGAUAGAGGGAGGAACACAACGAGGCAGAGGGAGAGGGGAGGGAGCACAGAGGGUUACCUCAUCUUGAGCUGCUCGUGCACACGGUGCAGGGGAGAAGUUGUGGGAAAGUAAACAGCACAGGAGAAUUCCAAUCUGUUCUCAGCCACUUGCAGCCCUCGCAGGAUACCAUAAAGAUGACUGUGCUGGACCCGGCAGUGUGGUAAAAACUGAGAGUGUAUGGGAGGUUACCGGGAUUAAAGGGUCACCAGGGAGUGCCUGAAGCUUCUCGGAGGACACACUGCUGAAGAUAAGGAGGGAUUAUGUCUACUGUGAUGUCUCAGCAGCCGCCGAAGGAGGAUGAGGAGGAGGAAGACGAGGAGCAAGGGGAAGAGUUUUCGUUUGAGGACAGUGCUGAUGAGGAGAAACUUAAGGUGGACAGUAAAGGGAUCCGCUCUGACUCUGAUAGAUCUGUCCAGAUGUCAAAAAAGGAGGACAGUGAGACAUCACAGACAGGCACAGAUGGCACACAGCUUCACAGAACUUCGCCUCCUGCUGGACAGGAGGGCGUCAUCACCAAGAACGUAACUUCAACUUCUACUGGAGAUGUUCCAGUUAUCAAGUCACCCAGUGGGGCCUCAGCAGCAGCAGCCGAGCCCAUUGCCUCAGCUCCUUGUGUGGGAGAGGAGCUCCAGGGGCUUCCUGUGGCGCCGCCAGCUAAGGAGAAGUCGACUGAUUCAGGAGACCACGGGAAAGAAAUCGUCAAGGAAAGCUCCGGCUCGAGGGACAUCUCCAAAGCUUUAUGUGUGGCUAAAGCUGAGCCACAGACGGUGGAGGCUUCAGAGGUGAUCUAUGAUGAUGUUCCAAGCGAGGACCCCCUCUCUCCCGACGAAGAUAUGAUCUAUGAAGAUGUUCAGAGAGACAGCGGUCCCCUGGAUGCAGACAAUGGGUGGAGCUCCAGUGAGUUUGAAAGCUACGACGAACAGUCUGAUAACGAGGCCAAACAACCCACACGGAGCAAGCUCUCUCCUGAAGUACGUCGGCUGAGGGAACGCUGUGCCAGGACCAAACGUGAACUGGCCAUGAAGCUGUCUGGCAAGCACAACUAUGACAUCAAGGUUCAGCAGCUCAUGAAGGCGGCGAGAAGCGGAACGAAGGAUGGGCUUGAAAAGACCAAGAUAGCCGUCAUGCGAAAAGUUUCCUUCCUGCAGAGGAAAGAUCAAUUGGAAGAGGAGGACGAUGCAGGAUACCUGGAUGUUGCUGUGUCAGAACUGAAGCAUCCUCCCCCACAGCUGAGCCCCAUGCCAGAGGGGCUGACCAGCCACCAGGUUGUCAGGCGCCAUAUCCUCGGCUCCAUCAUUCAGAGCGAGCGGAGCUACCUGGAGUCUCUGAGGAGAAUCUUGCAGGAAUACCAGAGACCACUGAUGGAAGCUGAUCCACGCAUCUUGAGUCCAAGGAAGAUCCGGCCUAUAUUUUACCGAAUGAGGGAGAUCACACAGUGCCACUCCAUGUUUCAGAUUGCACUGGCAUCACGUGUGGCAGAGUGGGACAGCAGUGAGAAAAUCGGAGACUUAUUUGUUGCCUCGUUUUCCAAGUCCAUGGUGCUGGAUGUAUACAGUGAUUACGUGAACAACUUCACUAAUGCCAUGGCGCUCAUUAAAAAGGCAUGCAUGUCCAAACCAGCGUUUCUGGAAUUCCUAAAGAAAAAGCAGGCAGCCAGUGUUGACCGGAUCACUCUGUACGGUCUGAUGGUGAAGCCCAUUCAGCGAUUCCCGCAGUUCAUAUUGCUCCUGCAGGACAUGCUAAAGAAUACACCGAAGGGCCACGUGGAUCGUCUGCCCCUGCAGCUUGCUCUUACAGAGCUGGAGAUGCUGGCUGAGAAACUGAAUGAACAGAAACGAGUAGCUGACCAGAUUGCAGAAACUCAACAACUAGCCCGCAGCGUCAGUGAUCGCCUGCUCAGUAAGCAACUGAACUCGGAGCAGGGGUCACUGGUCCUUUGUGAGACGCUUAUUGAGACUGUGUAUGGCGAGCGGGGACAAGUCCUGAAGUCGAAGGAGAGAAAGGUCUUCCUCUUUGAUGAUGUGCUCAUCUGUGCCAACAUAAAUGUCAAGGGGCCUCCGGAUAUCAGCAGCCUGGUCCCUGUCGGUCCCAAGUACACCAUGAAGUGGAGCGCCCCCCUUCAGCAGGUGCAAGUAGUCGAGGUGGGGCAGGAGGGCUCUCAAAGCAAAGACACCUUCUUCCAACAGAGUGGAGCCAAGCGCGCAAGUGUCGCCAGCACUUCAGGUAAAGCGAUCCUCGGCCCUCCACGUCUCUACCAGGAGCUGCAGGAACUGCAACAUGACCUUUCUGUCGUGGAGGAGGUCACUCUCCUUGUGGGUACGCUGCAGGGGAUGUACCAGAACCUGAACACCACUGUGGCCCAGGACUGGUGUCUGGCUCUACAGAGGCUUAUCCGCAUCAAAGAAGAACAGAUCCAGAGUGCUAACAAAUGUCGCUUACGCCUGCAGGUGCCCGGCAGGCCAGACAAGUCAGGGCGUCCUGUCAGUUUCAUGGUGGUCCUCAACACUCCCAGCCCCCUUAGUAAGAUCUCCUGGGUCAACCGUCUGCACUUGGCCAAGAUUGCUCAACGGCAGGAGAACUCACCAGGCUGGUUAUGUGGAGACGACGAAGGGAAGACUAUGGCCCCGUUUUGGUGUCCGUUGCUUGCCUGUCACAUGCCUGUCUUUGCUACAAAGUCACCCGAGAGAAAGCUUGAAGCUGCCCUCCACAAUCCUGUUCAUUGUGCAUUGUUGGGCUUCUCUGCAGCGAGCACCUCCUUACCUCAAGGCUACUUCUGGGUGGCUGGUGGAGGAGAUGGUUCGCAUGGGCACAUAGAGAUAUUUUCCCUCAACAGGCCCAUGCCAAGGACUGUAAAGUGCCUGCAGGUAGGCUCUGCUGUCCGAUGCCUGGAAUACGUGCCAGAACCUUCUCCGACUGAUGAAACAGAGGCUGGAGUUCACAAAGCCACUUCAGGGAUCGGCGCCAACAUUUGUGUUGGAUUAGAGGAUGGGCGCAUACUGGUCUACGGCAGUGUGGACACUGCAGCACAAUGCCUGUUGACCCUCCAUAACCCAGAGGGCUGCCCUGUGCUGUGCCUGAAGCACUCCUCUCGCUUCCUGUUCGCCGGCCUGCGGAAUGGGACCGUGAUGGUAUACAGAAGAGGUAACAACGAUGAUUUCUGGGACCAAGACUCCAGCAGAUGUGUAAGCCUCGGCACAGAACCAGUGAGGACACUGUUAGUGUUAGAUGACUCAGUGUGGGCAAGCUGCGGGAACUCUGUCACAGCCAUGGAUGUCUCCAGCCUCGCCACUCAGAAAUUUGAAGUUCACCCAGACCCAAUGGUGAGUGUGGCACACAUGGCCUGUGCAGGUGGAGGGGUGUGGAUGGCAUUCUCCGAGGGCUCCUCCAUUCGUCUCUUUCACACUGAAACACUGGAGCUUCUGCAGGAAAUCAACAUCUCAACACGCUCGACGCUGCUGAACACUGGUCAAAAGAGCAUGAGAGUCACGAGUCUGCUGAUUUGCCAGGGGCUGUUAUGGGUGGGCACCGCCCAGGGCUUAAUUAUCACUCUUCCAGUUCCCAAACUGGAGGGCAUCCCCAAAAUAACAGGAAAGGGAAUGGUCUCUCUCAAUGCCCACUGUGGACCAGUGGACUUCCUGGUAGCCACCACCAGCACUCUGUCUCCUGGUCUGCUGAAAAGGGACUCUGUCGGGGACGGCCCAGACUCUGCCUUCGGAGGCGAGGACCGCAGCAACACGUCCUCUCAGGAAUCCCUGCAACAGUCCUACCAGGAAGACAGCAGAGGCAAAGGACGCGGUGUUCUGCUGCAGUACAAGCUGCGCUCCACAUCAGGGCUUCCUGGACGGCCGCUGACGGCGCAGGGCGACGAGGCAUCGGACUCCUCCCUGGAGUCUUUGGAGCACAGCGUGGAAGAUGGAUCUAUCUAUGAGCUCAGCGAUGACCCAGAAAUGUGGGUUCGGGGACGUCCUUGUGAGAGGGACGGGGGACGCAGGGACAGGGUGAUGUCUGCAGCGGUUAUCUCUGGAGGCAAAGGCUUCCGUAGACUGAAGGAAGGAGCAGCAGCAGCAGGUACUAGGACAAGUGGGGAGGGCUUAGAGAAUAUUCUAAUGGUUUGGCAGCUUCCACUGACAGUGUGAUAUGGAAAAUAUAUGGUAAGGUGAUGGGUAUUUAUAGAUGUCUACCCAGCUCAGCCUUGAAUCAACCGUUCCAUAAAUUUAAGGGAUUUAAAUAAACAUGUAUGAUGUGAAGGCGUUGCCACUGUUACGGAGCUUGACAUGUUAUGAUUUGGCUUGUGGAAUAAGGAAGCUAAGAUGUGCUGGUUACAGAGGUACUGUCAGCCCAUAGGACGCUUUGAAUGUUCAGGAUUGUGCGUCAUCAUCUCCUCAGCAGUGGCAGAGAACGCCACAGAUUAGUUCCGUGCUCCGAUUGUUUUGAUCUGGCCCCUCUUCCCACCUUCGUUAAGAUUGAUAUGCCUCAAUUUAACCUCAUCAUUGCAGCGUGGGCUCUGCCACAUUUAUUUUAUGCGAAGGACUUGUGUGUGAGCGGCCAUGGACAGCACACCUUUCAGAGACAGCCUUUGCUGAAUCUGCCAUGCUCUGCAGAGUUAGAGAUGGACAUCUUUUAUCUGAUCCUGUGGGAGAGAUCCCAUCUGUUUAGAGCUGAAAGCUGGGGACUUCCACCGCAUCACAAAGCACAUUAGCAUCACUUUAUUAGCUUUGCCAGCCUUCCUCUCAUCCCAUACAAUGUGAAUGUACGAUACCUUCUAUUGUGUCUCGAAAUUGAAUCUGUGCUCUCUUAAAAAAAAAAAAAAAAAGAUUCCAUUCCUCCUGUUUUGUUGCAGCUGUUGCAGAAAUGAUUUUUGGUUACGAAAAAUGAGUUGCCUCCAAGAGCUUACUAUGCCUUUAUAAUGGGCGGUCAUGGUAGAGCAGGCUGGCUGCAAUACUGUUGUAAAAACAACUAAUUUGGAAAACAAAACUUACACCAGUCAGAGAUGUUAUUGCUCUACAUUACAGAAUCUAUAUUUGUGCUGUAAAUAUCCUGUAAUUAUUACAAUUUUUUUGAGGAAAAGAAACUUCUUGGUGCCACAUUUUAGAGAAUUAUCUUCCCCAAAUACUGUAAACGCCAGAUAUCAGUUUCAUUAUUCUCUGUCAUUCUUCAGAGAUAAAACAAAUGCACACACAGAGUUGUUACACAGCUCACAUUAGCUGGAAACUCCAGUUACACAUCAAAAGCAAAACGCAAACAAACGGAUGAUGAAAUAAAAGAGCUGCAGCCGACAGACAGAACCUGAGAGUAACACCAAUGAGCAUGUUUACAUGCACAUUAAAUUUCAGUAAUAUACAAUCUGAUGACAGAUGUUUGAAAAUACACAGCAUAUGCAUCUGUAUUACAAUUACAGUAAGAGGCACUGAUAUAUAUCAUCUCUGAUAUUAGCAAAGGACUAGAUGACUCUGCAAGGUCGUGUUUUAUUUGCUCUGGCAGAUGCGUCUGGUUCCCCUCUCGGUCAAGCAGAUUUCCAGCAGACCUGGCCGUGGUCGGGCCAAACACAACCGUUUAUCUUAUGAAGUGCGUGUUUCAGACAAUGACUCACAACCUGGUGUCUUUGUGCUUUAAGUAAAAUACGUUAUGACUUCAUUUUUGGCUAGUGCACCCCAGUGACACCACAGUGAGCAUCAACCUAACUUAGGCUGGCUCACACUAAAAGAUUUUUCAAAUCUUCACAGAUCGUAAAAAUGUGACAGACCCCAAAAAUAACGAUAUGUAAUGAUAAAUCUAACAGUUGUGUUGUUAUAGUGCGUGGCACGAAACAAACAUGGCAGACGAAGGGCAGGAAGAACUAGCGGUUCGUUUUUACACUACUUUUUUAAAAAAAUUAAUGAAGAAAAAAAUAAAAAAAUAUGAAUGAAGUCGAGGAGACAGCGUGAACAUGGACUGUACAUGUUACAGCAAGAGAAAGUGAGUAAAUUCUGAGUUGAUUAAUUAAAAGUAUUCAAACUGUCCAAGAGUCGCGGGACUGCCGGCGAUCCUCAGUGUUCCCCCCUCACAAUGUCUUUCCCUUCUUCCGCUAAUAUCAGUCUGUGGUAAAUAAGGAACAGUUGAUCAUGUUAGUGCAGGGCUGCCAGAGCUUUACAUGUGUUCGACAGACGAUAGGCCUACACACUUAUAAACAGCGCCUGGAAGAAGAUCUGCACUCGGGAUUUUAGGUAUAUGGGCUAUGAUACGGUGCUUGUUAAGGUCGCUUAGCAACCUCAGAUGCAACCUGCUGCCACGCUCAUGAAAGCUGGCUUAAAAAAAGGCACAAAAGUAGCACCCAGUGCCUGACCUCGGGUUUUCCAGGCGGUCAAAGACGCGGCACGUGUACGGCCCCUAAACAUACCUCACGCCACAGGAACAUCUGGCCAGAUGAUCUUUAGAACUGUCAAAAUCAGAGCUUUGCGGAUGGUUGUCGGAAGGGGGGGCAGGGGAAUCAGGCUCAAUAUUGUAUCAAUUCUCGUAUAGUGUGCCCAGUAUUAAAAUGAACGCUGAUGUGGCAACCAAGAUGGCUGCAACUGAUGUGGAACUUUGUAUAAAUAAAUUUUCAAAUUCUGAUAACAAAAACACUCAUUCAAAGACACAUCGAUGCUACGUCAUCACAGCUCAUCCCUGCACACUGUGGUCUGUUUACAUUUAUCCGUCGCUUAGCACAGCGUUGAGUUUUGUUGUUUUGAUUAGUUGUAGGAUUAUCCAGUUGCGUCCAGAGGCAUUUCUAGCGUUCUACAGCUGUUGAUAACGCCCCUCGACAGGUUCCGCAUUUGCAAUUUGGUCUGGUGAUGUCAGGCACACUAAGUCAUGUACACCUUCCUCCAUCAACGCUUGUUUUUAUGCCAAUAUUCAGUAAAUAUUUGAAAUCUAAUUCAAGAAUUUAAUGUUUUAUGAUGAAGAUAUGAGGAUGCAUGUAAACGUGUCGUGCCAGGUGGAAAUGACUCGCGACUCCAUUUGAGGUGAUGUUUUUCAGAUCAGUUGAAGGAUCACAUGGUGUACCUUCAACCUGACAGGCUUAUAAAACCUCUUUUAACCACAUUACUGAUACAUGCUUUGUAAUUAGGCUCUGUACAGGCUAUUCUUUUUUCUUUAACUUAUAAAAUUGUGAGAUUUUUGCAGGAUUGUUGAAGCUGGUAUGAGAAGCACUCAGUGGUACUGUCUUCAAUAUAGAGAAGUGUUUGCUUUAUAACCUCUUAAUUAAAACCUAUGGUAGCUUUGGCAGGUUUGUGAACUUGGACCGCUGACAAUGGCAUCUACCUUGCAUACAGAAACUAAGAAGUAUAUACUUUACAGUGCAUAUUUUUCACAGCGUGUUGAGCGCAUAGGUGGACUUUCAUGCAAGUUUUCAAGUAUGAACAUAGCUUUGUGGAUUUUCAAUAAAGCGAGCGAUGGUGAAGGUUAUGGUAUAUCAUUUUUCUCCACCUCUAUCUCUACUUAGCCCUUCCACCGCACAUGGAAUCUCAUCUUAUCCUUUCAUCACAGAUGAAGCGUAAAGUUCAUGUUUUUGUAUUUCCCUGAGGCACAUUGAGGUUUAUUUUCCCUUUUCUUCUCCUCCUCACAACCGAAGUUCAAAAGCAUUUAAACAUCCUGCUGUCAGCCAGAAUGAAUCCAACAAAAAAAAAAAAAAAAAAAUGAUGUAAACUGUCCUUGGAUGCUGUCAUCUAAAUGUAAAUCUCAAUGUCACUUCAAAAAUGUAUACUCUUAAUUCAUGUGAGAUUCAAUGCUGCUGGAGCCACGGCGGCCCUGAUGGUCACUAUAGAGGUUUUUACUUCAACCACAACGGGACGAUGAGUGUGUACUCCGACAGUUUCACAAGCCUCUCUGCUAACAACUGAGAUCUAAUCUCCCACGUGUGGUGACAUUUGAUGGACGUUGACUCACACAUUUCAUUAGCUCACACUACAUGUGUACAGGUAUUAUCCAUGCACUGAAUAUUAAUACUUAUGAAUGAACUGUACUGUACUACUAAUUAGAACCGUUACUGUACUAAUGAUUCCCUUUUGUAAAGAGGACUCUGCAACAGUGUUGAUGUUUUAGAUGAGACUGUGUAAGGAACAGUUUAUGCAAUUUAUUUUCCUGUGGUGUUAAAAAGAAGUUUAUUACAAAUGAGAUCUUAUGGGGUUUUUUUAGAUUUGGCCAUCAGUUAUUACAACAUGUAAAUUAUUUGUUAAUUGCUGAGAUUUGGGAACAUGGUGACAUCACUAAAAAGACGUCUGGCCGGAGAAGAAACAUAAACAAUCACAUGAUCCUGCAGGUUUUUAACAACAACUCGGGAUAGCUCUUGGAAAGGAACAACAGGAAACAUUACUUUUAUUAUUAUAUUUAUGACUGACCACACCGUUCAGUUUUCCUGUGCAAUGAGGCACCUUUAGACCUAGUCCACACAAACAUGGGUAUGUCUGAAAACGUAGCUUUCUCUAUAUGUUUUGGCCGUUCAUCCACACGCAAACUGCACUUUCGGUCACUGAAAAUGGAUCUUUUGUAAAACUGUCCUGGGUUCAGAUGUUCAGAAACUCUGGUGCGCCCACCAGCUCACCUGGUAGAGCAGGCACCCAUGUACAAAGCCUGUGUCCUUGCCACAGCAGCCAAGGGUUCGAUUCCAACCAGCGGUCCUUUGCUGCGUAUCAUCCACCUUUCUCUCUACCGCUUUCAUGCUAUAGCUAUCCAAUCAAACAAAGGCAAAAAGCCCCAAAAACAUCUUCAGUUUUUAGCUUCUAACGUCAGAGUGUGGGUCGAAAUCUCCUUUGUGAGAUGUCACAAAUGAGGCAAUGUUUCGUGCAAUGGUGGUCAUGGCCAGACUAGUGCUAUUUACAUGUUUACACCUUAAUGUGUAGUCACUCUUUUGCUUUAUUGAGGAAUGGAGACUUCAGAACGGUGUUAACUGCCUCAGGUUUCUGAUUGGCCAACAUCGUUGUCUGUUGACGCAGCUGUUGGUUGGCCAUUGGUCAAUCUCGAGCUGUCACUGAGCGUCUGUUGCCCAAUUUCAGCUCUUGUCUGCUUUUUUUAUGGCUGAUUCAGUAUGUUGAAUCGGCGGCGGAUCCCGUCAGUGACAGAAAUCACUCUGAUUAGCAAUUCAGCUCCGUGUACAUGAAGGGAAACAGAAGACUAAAUUCAAGAGGGCGUGAGAUCCAAACAAAAUUAUUAUGUUGGAUACGCUUCUGUUUUUAGCCAUCAAGCUCGUUAGCAGAAAUGUGUUUGCUAGCGCACGGCAAAUAUUCCUUGUCCUUUCAACAUCAGGUUGGUUUGUUAAUGUGCUAACUGGCUAACUAGCAUCUUGAAUCCUUCCUGUCCAUCUUCUGGUUUCCUUUUUUGAAUGAGAAAUACAGUCUACCGCCACCUGCUGGUAUAGAGAGUUAUUACCUCUCACGCAGGCACAGAAGUUAAGUGGUAGUUGGCCGUUGGCUGUAGUCAUUACGGUGUGUUCAAGUGUGCCAAGACACAGGUGACGUGACGCGACAUUAACAGUCGGCCUUUGUUGCUACUAGUUCUUUGAUGUUGGUUUGGUGUGUUCAGGCCUUUAGGUUCAGGCUCACAUCGCCACCUGUUGGUUGGCGUGCUCUUGGCAGCGCUUCAUUUUCAUAUGGAUGGUGAUUUUUUAAUGAUAGUGUGUGAUCGUGUGGACAAAAAAAAAAAAUUCCUGUAACAGUGUGGACUAGGCCUCAGUUUUACAACCUGUGUGAUCAUCUGUUCUUUUCUUGACCUGUCAGACUUUGCUGCAAUGCAAUAAAAUGAUGGCCAAACCUACUGAAGUAAAGGUACAAGAGACGAGUAAUAAACCAGAUUUAUCCUUUAAAGCAAAAGUAUUACUCUUAAUGCCGUCACAGGCGUGUGGAAACAGUGCUCAUUUCCCUUUGGUACAAUAUUUGAAUGUUACAUGUCUAAACGUUGUUUAACAGGCUUAUGCUAAAUUAAAAACAUGUUUAAACUUGA